AUGCGCAGGGGAAUUGGUGCGUCGCGGAUUUUGAAUUCCCAAAAGGAACAAUGGGAUUCAUUUUCGCAAACAUUAAGUGAAGAGACAACAGAAGCGUUUAAACGCGUUGCUGAUGACUUUAAAGCAGAUAUGUGUCACUUCGUCGAAAAGUACAAAAAUGUGAUUAAUGCAGACCCGUAUUUCCGUUUGGAGUUUCUGGAAAUGUGUGACCUGGUAGAUUUUGACCCACUCAUCCAUUCUUAUUCUUCAUUGUCUAGGAUACUCGGUCUUUCGAGCUUCUAUUCUAUGGUUACAAUGCGUAUGUUGGAGAUAUGUAUACAAACCAGGGGUCUCAAUGGAGGAUUAUGCGAGAUCAGACAAGUACUUGACGCCUUUCCAAAGAAAGCGCAAAUCAGAGCGGACGAUAUUCUCAUUUCUAUACGUGAAUGCGCAGCGUUCGGGAAAAACAGCAUACGAACUGUGCGCAUCAACGAUAAAACCAUAAUAGUGACAACACCCAUAGUUCUGGGUGACGACUAUAGUGAGUGUUUGCAUUUGGCAGCUGGCCUAAAGAGGGGAGUAGCUGUUUCAGAUUUAAUAGAUGGUUUAGGUUGGAAUCAUCAAAAGGCUCAAAGUCUACUCAACUGCUUCACAAGGCAUCAAAUUGCAUGGAUUGACGAGAUAAAUAACGCCACGUAUUAUUGGUUUCCAUGCUUAUUCUGA